AUGCCGGGGACGGCGGGCACGACCGCGGCGGUGCCAGCAGCGGACAAGAAGAGGCCGCCGCUUCUUCCGGAGUCCGUCGUCCGAGGUUUAGCGUAUGGCAUGGUGAACGGCAUCCUCUUGCCGCCCGUGAUGGUGAGCUUUGCCGCAAUGAUUUUUAGGGAUCCGGCGUUUACGCCCCAUCUUCCCAGGCUCGUGAAAUUGGUCAUGUUUAGCGGUGCCGUUCACAUGGCCUGCUUCGGGACCCUGUCCAGCCUCAAGUUCGCCGUUGGGUCGGUUCAGGACGCCGGUCUGAUAUUCCUGUCUGCAAUCUCCUCGGCGGUGGUAGCCUUUUCUAGAGAGCAAGGAGUGGAUGAGGCUGGUAUGCUUAGCACCUCUUGCUUCGUAUUAUGCACGUGCACCGGUCUUCUCGGCGUGGCACUCGUCGUCCUCGGGAGGCUGAGGCUGGCCAGCGUGGUGCAGUACCUUCCGAUGCCCGUCAUCGGCGGCUACUUGGCCUACAUCGGGUGGUUCUGCGGCGAGGCGGGCUUGGCGUUCGCGUCCGCGCUGGAGAUCAGCGGCAUGGGAGACUUGGGCGUCCUGGCCACCCGAGAGGCGCUCCUGCUAGUGCUGCCGGCGGUUCUGGCCGGCUUGGUGAUGUACCUCUCCCUCCGGCGCUUCCCCUCUCCGACCACGCUGCCGCUGCUUAUGGCCGCGUUCCUGGGAACGUUCUUCGCGUUCCUUAGGGCCACGGGGACGACUCUCGAAGAGGCGAGAGCUGCCGGGUGGGUGAGCGCAGCGUCCCCGAUGCUCCCCCUCAAUCACGCGUGGGACUACUUUUCCUUCGCAGACAUCCACUGGGGAGCGUUUGCGAGGGUUGUGCCCAACCUGUUGGCCAUGAUCGUGGUCGUUGCGUUCUCGAGCUGCUUGGAUAUCGCGGCCAUAGAGAUGGAGAUGGCCAAGCCACUGGAUUUCAACGGGGAGCUGCAGACGGUGGGGUGGUCCAACGUCAUCUCGGGACUGUUCGGCGGCUUCACGGGCAGCUACAUCUUCAGCCAGACCAUCUUUAACCUGCGGGCAGGAAGCGUCAUCAGCUUCCUGCCCAGGUGCUUCUUCGGCUCCCUGCUGAUCCUCAUCGCGGUCGACCUCAUGGUCGAGUGGCUCUGGCAGGCCAGAUUGAAGAUGAUGCCGGCCGAGUACCUGGUGUGCUUGGCGACGUUCUGCUCGAUCCAGGCCUGGGGCGUGGAGAAGGGCAUGGUCGCGGGGCUGGUGCUCGCCGCGCUCAGCUUCACCGUCACGUACGCGCAGGUUCCCACAGUGAUGACGGCGCGUGUGAAGGCGAGCACCGUCAUGCGGACGUUCGAGGAACGCGUGAUCCUCAAGGCCCACCAGGAGCAGACGGUGGUCCUCGAGUUACAGGGUUACAUCUUUUUCGGCUCCGCCGUCAAGAUUCUGUCAGACGUCAAGGACCGCAUUGUGUGGGGCACCGACCCCCCCCCGACCCCCAACGCCGGGGCUCCCGCCACCGGCAUCUUCGGCAACGUCUACGACGACAGCAACCAUUCCACCAGAACUGUCGGGAACCCGCAGCAGCAGCAGUCAUACCUUGAAACAGCCGCGCUCGUCAAGCCCAGCAGCGAAGGGACCAUUGCUGCAGGUGCCAUGAACCCCCGCGGAGACAUCUUGAGCCCGGUGUUCAACAGAUCCGGAGCGGUCUACCGUUCAUCGUCGGCAACGGCGGCAGCGGCAGCGGCUGCGGCCUCGUCGGUACUGCCCGGGUCGUCACCCCUGCACUGGCGCAGCCCGGCGCGGAGUCAGUCGUUGCGGGAGCACACGUCGACAUCCUCACAGCAGCAGGGGGAGCCUUCUUCCCAAGGAAUAUCAUCACCCCUAGCCCAGUCGCUCGCGAGAACAAGGUCAGUCGGGGGAACGACGACGGCGACGAGCACCGGGGUCCCUGGGGCCGGCGGCGGCCGGGGUCGACCCUUCCACAGAGCCGGCGGCCUGCUGCCAGGCGCGAGCGAGCAGCAGGAGACUGAGAAGCAGCAGCCGGCUGUGCUCGCAAAUGAGAGCAGCAGACACGACGGUGGUAGCGGCGGGGCUAACUUCUCGGUCCCCGCAAGAGAGACGACUGGCUAUGGGGCGAUGGAGGAAGGAGGGGCCGGCGGAGACGGGGGCGUGGGCAGCAGCGGCAGAGCGACGGCGGGGGUGCGCGUGCGACGCCCGCGCGGGACCAGCCUUGGGGAGGAACCGAGGGUCGGAGAGGGUGCUGUGCAGGCAUACAUGUCGCUCUGGGCAAACGGCGGCGGGUCGUUCGCUGACAGCCCAGGCCUUACCGGCAUGACGGGCGGCGGCGACAGCAGCCCCGGGUUCUCCGGCCGCAUGGCUCGGUCUUCCUCGGUUGUGUCUCUCCUACCGGCCUCCGAAGAGCGAACCCGACGCGUCAUCUUGGACUUCUCGAACGUCCGUUUGAUAGGAAAGAACCCAGAAGGGACCCGCGAUUCCUGCGCGAACAGCUAG